GCCUGCAGCGAGUUGAAUUAUUUACCUAAGAGUGUAUUGUAGGAUGUUGUUAAUGCGCAUGACCACAGCCUUACAUUGUACAUACCAAUAGACAGGAAUAUUGCAGGAGGAGCCAUGUCGGACAACUCGUGCGAGCCAUCAGGACAGCCGCUGUACCACAUUCCGCUGCCGCCGUAUUCAGCCACCGACCAGAGAUGCCUAGGGCAGGCCACCCACCCACCCAUCCCAUCAUUCAUGAAUGAGGCACCAAUAUUACCGGAUGAACCACCGCCACCAUAUGAAGCAUGCUUUCCACCAUAUUUACCGCAAGAAUCCACCCUUUCGUCGCCUCCGCCGCCGUAUACAAGUACAGCAAGUUUAACACCGGUACCAAAAGGGCGGCGACCUGUACCCUUAGCUAGUGAUGGAAGUUCCAGCUCUGAACCAGAACCCGAUGUCUCACCAAGAGGAAUGCCCGGAGGAACGGGGCAGCCAACACUGCUAGUAGAAUCCCAGGUAGACGUGCCACGGCAAUUAGUACUUUCCAAGGUUGUUUUGAGGCUCCGCUACUACCAAUUUCUCCUCGGGAUAGUCUUAGCCAGCGUUGGUGUGGUCGGGAUUGAUCUACAUUAUUUCGGAAGUCAGUAUGCUAUCGGGAUCUAUGCCGGUCUUCUCGCAAUGGUCGCCAUUGCUUGGACAGACCCGCGGAGGCGACUAUUCUGCUUUCGAGAUAAUGCUCGCUUCCAUGAUGCACUUUAUUUAAUAGUUAACGGCGUAGCUUUCGUAGCAUCUUUAUUCUGUGCAGUUUUCUAUAGCUAUGGACUCCACGUUGAUUCAGCAGUCAAAAGGAUAGACAACUCAAAAGCUCUCGUGAAUGAAGGAAUUGGCGUUGGCAGUGCGUCCCUUUUGAUGGUUGUCAUCCUGUUUAAAUGGAUCAAGACUAAAUCCUUGACUGAUCAUACCGUUACACCAAACACACCACCUUCGAUCCACCUCCCUCCUCUCCCAACAGACAUCAUCAAACUUAACCUAUGCAUCGUAUUUUUCUGCUGUGUGACCAUGUUCAGUGUGGGAGCGUGCGGUGUUCCCUGGCGCGUCUAUGGCUACAAGUUAGGAGUGCCUUUCAUCUGUAGUGGAGUAGCUUUCUUGACAUUGGUGUACUGUGGUGAUCCAAGAAGUAAGGUUCGUGGGGAUCAAAUAAGAACCCAGACUAUCUUUAAGAUUGUCCACACUUUAAUAAUUUCACUUGCCGCAUACUACAUCUGCUUGCAUUCUUACGGAAUUUCUGUUGACUUAAGUUUGAUGACAAGAUGUGCAUGGAACAGCACUUAUAACAUUACAAGCGCCAUGCCAAGCUGUGAUCUACCGAAUAGCCUUUCUGACGCACCGGAGAACAUUGAAGAACUCCACCAACGGAUUCUUAUCCAGAGUUUGGGAAUUGUAAUCGCGACCGUGAUGAUUUUGACUCAUCUGCUCAAAUGGGCAAAGCUAAAGUUUGAUCACAACAUGUUGUGAUUUUUCGGCGUGGGCCGGGAUGAUCAAUUGUAAAAGUAGGCCCACCAACAUUACAGGGUGACCUAGCUGGAACGCAGAAUCGGACUAAGUAUUUUGAGCCGAAAGAACGAAUGAAUUGAUAUUAAUGAAAGUUUACUCUAAACUGAUAUCUUCAUAUACUUGGUUUUAGACGUCUAACAACUGGACCGAAUCGAGAUAUUUAGUUUGGUCUGAUUUCAAUUUAUCAGCGGGUAGGUUUUUUGGGGGUCUGCAAGUAUUGAAAAUGUAUGUUACCAUUUUGUCCGUUAUUGUACAAAGAAGUAAGAAUUAAUCAAGACUAGCCUUAAAAUCUAUAGUCAAUGAAAUAUUAAUUGGUUGAAUAGAAAUUGUCAUUGAAUAAUACAUUUACACAAAAUGCUUCACACUAUUGCCUUCACACGCAAAAUUGCACUGAAUUUGAUCACAGACUUCUAUACUGUCACAUAAAUAUUGUACAGAAGUCCGUGAUUUGAUAUUCCACUUAUAAAACUCUCCCCUGCACCAGGAUUUGCGACCAAAAUUCUAGCUCGCAGACACCAAUGUCGAGGGAAAACUGUGGGGAAAACAGCAUGACCUUGAAACGACAAGCCGCUUCAUCUCCGCCACAGGACUGAAGUUACAGUUUUUAGGCAGGUUGAACGCCGAAGAAGAAGAAGAUAUUCCACUCGCCUACGUCCUCGAAAAACCCGAGUCGGUCGUAUCUUCCCGGCUCCCCUCGCAUACGUUACUGAUCGGUCGUUAGUGCCGAGUGUUGGCCUGAGUUCAGGAUGACUCUCCUAUGAAGUCGUCGAGAGGAAAUGUGCAGGGCCGGAGAAGCGAACAUUAACCUCUGAUUUCCCCAGGAUGCUCUGAAGUGGCAUACAAUCUGGCCCUAAUUUUGUGGUUUGUAACCUCCCCAUGGGAGUAGAAAAGAAGACCUCGUUACGCACUUCCGCUAUGCUCCUGGCACUUGAUCCAGAUGAGCAAUUACGCUAAUAUCCCGACAUCUGUUACUUGUAUACAUCGGUUAUUUGUUGCAAUCGUUCGACUUGUACAUACAGUAACAGCACAAAUUUUAAAGACAUGUACAUGUACUGGAAUAUUUCACAUCGAUUCCCGCAUGGUGUGUGCGGUACACCUAAAAUGCGCGUGACUGCCAUGGUCAAUCAUAUGUAACGAUUAAAUAUAUGCGAAGUUUAAGGUACGCUUUCAAAUACUUCAUGGCUUGAGAAAUAUCUGUA